CGGAAGCGGCGGCGGCCGGUGCGGCGGCGGCCCCGAGGAUGCUGCGGCUGCGCUGCAAGGCCCGGAGCGGCUCGCACGCGCUGCCGGGGCUGUCGCCGCACUCCCGCCUCCGCGACAUGCAGGCCGCGCUCGCCGCGCUCACCGGAGUGCCCGCGCCCGCGCAGCGCCUCCUGCACGGCUUCCCGCCGCGCAGCCUCGACCUCAGCGACGGCGAGCGGCGGCUCGGCGAGCUCGGCAUCCACUCGGGUGACACUCUCAUAGUGGAAGAGGACACAUCCAAACCCGAGCCCGACUCGCCGGCGGUCGCCAAAAAAGCAAUGUCCCAGCCUGUCAGGGAAGCCGUGCCUGUGCUGGCCAGGAGGGUGGUGCCAGCAGACAACUCCUGCCUGUUCACCAGCGUGUCCUACGUGGUGGAGGGCGGCGUGUACGACCCCGGCUGCGCCCCGGAGAUGCGCAGCCUCAUCGCCCAGAUCGUGGCCAGCGACCCCGAGUCCUACUGCGAGGCCGUGCUGGGCAAAACCAACAGGGAAUACUGUGACUGGAUCCGCAGGGAGGAGACCUGGGGAGGAGCCAUCGAGGUGUCCAUCCUGUCCAAGUUCUACCAGUGCGAGAUCUGCGUGGUGGACACGCAGACCGUGCGCAUCGACCGCUUCGGCGAGGACGCGGGCUACAGCAAGCGCGUGCUGCUGAUCUACGACGGCAUCCACUACGACCCGCUGGAGCGGCGCCUGCCCGGCUCCGACCUUCCCCCCCAGACCAUCUUCCCCAGCAGCGACGACGUGGUGCUGGCGCAGGCGCUGGAGCUGGCGGACGAGGCGCGCAGGAAGAGGCAGUUCACGGACGUGAAUCGCUUCGCCCUGCGCUGCAUGGUGUGCCAGAAGGGACUGACGGGGCAGCUGGAGGCCAGGGAGCACGCCAGGGAGACGGGACACACCAACUUCGGGGAGGUGUGAGCUCGGCAGCAGGAGGGUGCCAUCGACUACCUCAGCGCUCCGGAAUCAAAUUCUGGAGUCUCAGAUAAGCUGUUUGUAAUCAUAAAAUUCCGUUCACAGAG